CAUCAACGUACCAAGCAGAUAUACGUCAGUAAAAGAGGAGGGAUUUAUUACUCUGCUUUUCCUGUUUCAAAAUAAAGCGUGUGUCGCAUUAUCACUUUGAAGUGUAACUGUGAAUCAUUGACAAGACGCUAAAGAGGACACAAGGUAAUGGCUGAGAAGGCUGGUCCCUCUGUCAUUCUGGAUCACAAUGUAAGGGGCAAUUCUGCACUUUAUCCAGGGUCUGACCAGAAUCAUCAUCAUAUUUCUUUGGACCACUGUGUUGUCCCUGAUCAGUCAGACAGAAUAUAUAUGGACUACAAUGCCACGACUCCAGUGGAUCCAGAGGUGGUCAGAGCCGUUACUGAAGCUUUAACUGAUGCGUGGGGAAAUCCCAGCAGUAAUUACCUUCCAGGUCUUAAAGCCAAAGACACUAUUUACCAUUCCAGAGACACCAUUGCAAGAAUGGUCGGGGGGAAAGCAGCAGACAUUAUAUUUACAUCAGGAGGAACUGAGGCAAAUAAUUUGGUGUUUCACACAGCAGUGGAGCAUUUCAGAAAGAGCAUGGCUUCUUCAGAGGAAAGCACACACAUCCAGCAGCUCAAUGACAGAGACUACCUCCCUCAUAUAAUUACUUCCAAUGUCGAGCACGACUCUAUCAAAGUCACUGCUGAACAUUUGUUAAAAGAUGGCAAAGCAGAUGUCACAUUUGUGCCUGUUUCCAAGGUGACUGCACGGGUCGAGGUAGAGGAUAUUAUUGCAGCGAUCCUUCCCACCACCUGCUUGGUAUCAGUUAUGCUGGCCAACAAUGAGACGGGCAUCAUUAUGCCAAUUAAAGACAUUUGUCAGAGGGUAAAGGAAGUAAACAAACAGAGGUCUUCGUCAGCUCCCAGAAUCCUCUUGCACAGUGAUGCAGCCCAGGCUAUUGGAAAGAUUCGAGUGAAUGCACACGAGUUAGGAGUAGACUACCUUACUAUCGUAGGACACAAGUUUUAUGGCCCUCGAAUCGGGGCUUUGUUUGUGAAGGAUCCUGGAAGCCCAACCCCAGUUUACCCUCUGCUUUUUGGAGGAGGACAAGAGCGCAGUUUCAGACCAGGAACUGAGAACACAGCAAUGAUAGCUGGCCUAGGAAAGGCUGCAGAAUUGGUAAGCCAAAAUCUAGCCGACUAUGAAGCCCAUUUUUUGAAUAUCAGAUUGUACCUGGAGCAGAAGUUGAUUGCAGUCUUUGGAGAGGAUAAGAUUCAUUUUAACAGCCAUUUUCCCAGCUCAGACAUUUUGCCCAACACAUGCAAUGUAUCCAUUUUGGGAAGAGGACUUCAGGGGCGUAGAGUGCUGUCUGCAUGCAGGAGGUUAUUGGCUAGCGUUGGUGCUGCCUGCCACUCAGACAGAGGAGAUCAAGCUUCCCAUGUUCUUCUGAGCUGUGGGAUUCCGUAUGACGUGGCUACCAAUGCUCUGAGGAUCAGCAUGGGCAGAAGUACCUCUCGUGAAGAUGUGGACAUUGUCGUAGAGGACCUGAGAGCCACUGUAGAGCAACUGCAAAGAAUUAACUAGCGUUUGUCAAAAGUACAAGCUUCAAGACAGCAGAAUGUAAUAUUUAAUGUUAAACUUACUUGAUGUACAAUUUAUUUUUAAGCUAAAUGCUAUUUUUGUCAGUCCGUGAUGUAAAGAAAAUAAUAGUUUCCUGGUCCAAGCUUCCGCUCGUUUCAUAAGACAGCCACUGUUUAUUCCAGGGUUCCCACGGGUCCUUGAAAGUUUGUGAAUCUGGGGAAAAAAAUUCAAGGCCCGGGAAAGUUUUUAAAAAUAUAAAUACAUAGAUACAGGUCAUUGAAAGUGCUUGAAUCUAUUUUAUGCAAGAAGUUUUCUGACAAAAAAAUAUUAUUCCCUGUGUGUGUAGGAUAAUAUCAUAAAAAUUCUAGACUUUUUAAGCAUGCAUGCUAAACUGUUCACUUUAAAUGUUGAAAGUUGAUUCAUACCAAAAUGCUUUUUUGCAUAGUUGUGUUUGACACAUGAAAACGUCUGGGGUUACCUAUGUAACUGUUGUUCCCUGAGAAGGGAACGAGACGCUGCGUCUCCCUUGCCAUAAUUCCUGCGUCCCUGUAACGCUGUCUUUGGCAAUAUUUCAGAUAGCGAUAUAAUUCCUGGCUCCCGCGUCACCCUGUCUUUGUCGUUAAGCCUCACUAUUUGUUGAAUUUAAUAUACACAUUCAGAUGCACUUACCCCUGGAGGCGUCCCCAAAGUGUCACCGCAGUGACGCAGCGCGAGUUCCCUCGAAAGGAACUAUAACAAUGUAUCUUAAAAGGUAACACAAUGUAACCUUGCUCUCACUUGAAAUGUGUCCCCACAUUUAGUCCUUGAAUUUUAAGGGUUUUGCACCUGGAAAGUCCUUGAAAGGUCCUUGAUUUUGAAGUUAACUAAGGUGUGGGAACCCUGCAUAUCACACAUUUAAAGCUGCAGUGUGUAAUUUUUAGAAGGAUUUCUUGACAGAAAUCCAACAUAAUAUACAAAACGAUAUUAUCAGAGAUGUAUAAAGACCUUUAAUAAUGAACAGUUAUGUGUUUAUUACCUUAGAAUGAGACGUUUUUAUCUACAUACACUGAGGGUCCCCUUACAUGGAAGUUGCCAUUUUGUGCCGCCAUGUUUCUACAAAAGCCCUAACGGACAAACCAAACUUUUUUUUACUAAGUUGUCUCUGAUGAUGACAUGUUUGUUCGGUGGCGGCUACCAUAGUUUCUCUAUGUGUUUCAAAUGCGAGAGGUGAGCAGUGGACUAAGCCGUUGGUUGCACUUCGCAACCUCACCACUAGAUGCCGCUAAAAUUUACACACUCCACCUUUAAGCUAUAUUUUUAUAUACUUGCCGGUGUACAGUACAUUCUUCAAGCUUAUGACAACCCAGACAACAAUACUUUAACAAUUGAUUAAAGAUGAAUUACUUUCUGGCCAUCAGGGAUUUAGUACAGGUAUGGCGAUAAAAGUUAGGAUUUUGACUUCGAUAGUUUUACACUGCACUGUGAGUGUAUAUUAGUCUAGUUUGUUGUUUGCUUAAGGCAGGAGUUGUGGCGUGUGAAGUCAGGCUUAACAAGCGGAUAGUUUGCUUGCUUUAAACUGCUUACAUAUGGCUAUUGGGAAGUCAUGGCCAGUUUAGAGUUCAGGGUUUUUAGAUAUUUGGAGAGAGUUUGACUCUCUUGAUUUUAAAUUAAAUAUACGUAUAUAGACCAUUUCAAAUGAUGUAAACAACGCUGGUCCAGAAACACUUCCCGUUACAGUUUGUGACAGUUAUUUUUUUAUUUCACAUAUAUCAUUAUCUUCAAGAUGUUUGUUUAACUUCAGUUAAUUCAGGUUUAUAUGUUCUGUUGGUUUAUUUUAUCCCAACGUUUAUCUAGUGUUAAAAAAUGGAAACAGGAAGUGCUUCUGGACCAGUGUUGUUUACAUCUUUUGAAAUGCUCUAUAUUAUUCAAAUUCCCUUUAAGGAAAGUCGCUGCACUUUGCUACCAAUUUGCAACAUUUCUGGGUAUCUAUUUUAGUUGUACAAGACCAAGAAUGAUUUUGAUCUAAAUUGUUGAAGACUAAUAUCUUUAAAAUCACUUGCUAAGGUCAUACUUAAACGUUUUAGACUUACAGUUAUAUGUUACAGUACAUUGACGGUACCAUAACUUUAGUUUCUUAUUCCAAACUGCAAUGGUUGGAAAGUACUUACAGAGAAACAGUGAUAAUGAUGAUUGGCUGUUUUUCCUGGACGGGGAGAAUUUCCUUUGAUAGAACGGGUGUAUUAAGCACUGCUUACACACAGUGAGAAAGUCGCUGGUGGUCUGAGCGGGGCUUAAAACAGCGGACUCAUCUAACUGCAUCAAAAAGUUUUUAGAAUAGUUAUGUUUCCUGGCCUUUGCUACCUUAAAGCUGCAUUUUGUAACUUUUGCCUCUUAUAUUGUCAUUUCUAUUUGAAGUCUAAAAAUUGCAUGUUACUUUACGUAUUUAUCUAUUAAAUGACUUCAAACUGAUAUUUUAUGUAAAAUUGUACAGACAGCUCAACUUGCAAAUCAUUAUUAUAAGCAUAUCUUUGCGAAUAAAAGUAAGGUAAAGUAAUAGGUUUAUACACAAAAUUUUAUUUAACUUGCUCGAUAACUCAUUUUGGUUUAUUUUUAACUAAAGUUAUGGAUUGCAGCUUUAAAAUGCUGCAUUCAUAGGCAGCUCGCUAGGUUUUGGAACUGAGCAAUUGCAUAUGUCUGUGUAAUCAAAAGCAUGUGUUUGCCUUUGUAUGAACUUAAAGAGCCCCUUUCAUGGAUUUCAACUUUUUAACUCUAGUUACAGUAUAAUGUAGCAGUUUUGAGCAUAAAAGGGAUGUGCAGAGUUACAAAGCUCACAGUCCAAUUUAAAGGAAGAUAUUCCCUUUAACCGAAGGCAUUUUUAAUGUACUACAGUAAACGCCUGAGAUGUAGUUCUACAGUUAUUUCCGUGACCUGAUGACAGGGACGUGUGCAUUUGAAUAAUGCCCGCCCACUAGCUGGUUAUACCCGCCCACUUGCUGUUGUCAGAGAGAACUGAUUUGUUAAAUAGCCCAAGUCUGUUUGCAUUGCGGAGUUAUUGAUUUCAGUAUGUCUGGAAGAAGCUGUUUUUUUAUGUGAAGGUAAAAUAAUAUUGUACAGUAUGAAGAGUAAGUGAAAUAGUGGUUACAGUUUAUGCAAUAAACAGUUGCAAUGCAAUUCAUUCGCACUGUAACCAGAAACUAUAUUUCUCCUUUUGAGAAAUCACUGCUUCCUUAAACAUGUAGAGGUCAAGGCUGGAUUUGUGCUACGUUUGCCCCUAAAGGAUUAAUCUGUUCCUAAUUUGUAGUGCUUCAGGAUCACAUUCACAACCAGUAUACAUUAUUAUGUGUAUAGUUAUUAGUUGUGUACGAUCGCAGUGCUGUUAAAAUUAUAACAAAUAGUUAAAAAUAAUUAAAUAAACUGACAUCCUAUAUGUGAAUUUUUCACGAGUAUUUGCGCCAUGUUGUCUGGAUAAUUCAGUAAAUCAUACAAAACUAUACAAUGUUACAAUCAUGCAGUGUAGUGUGUUACAUUGUAAACUUCAGAGGACUGUAAAAUAGAUCGUCUCUUGUGCGUGUACGUUAAAUUAAGCCUUUUAGCGUACUGUAGCCUGCUGUAUGUCUAAACUCAACCGCUGUUUAAACCUGUAUAGCUCUAAAUCGACAAGCAAAUGCAUAAACAAUUUGUUUUAUUCGGUGUAUAAAACGAAUGAAGCAGUUCUCGCUUACAAACUCAUUUGACAAGAGCCGCGUGCCGCGGUAAAAGUGUGAGUAAUAAGUGGAGGGAGACGGAGCUUCUAUAAACCUCAUAACACCUGAUACAUUUAUACUCAGUGCUGUGUUUCUUAAUAACGUUGUUUUUAAUUAAACAUAGCAUGCUGUGAAGACUUUAAAACCUUUCUUACUUACGAUGUUAGCGGCUGCUGUCCAUGGGAAUGGUGCUGAAUUGGUAGACAGCGAUCUUUCUGGAUCCAUAUUUCAAACAGGCAUGUUUAUACAUAUAUUCAUACUUCUUUAUAGAUAGAUUGUCUAUUCAAAGAGAGUAAAACAUAUUUUGUAUUCACUGCGCCUUUUUUGCAAGAAAGUAUUUGGCUACUUUCAUAAUAAACUUGACGUUGUACAACAACAGUAGGCGCAAAACUAUCUGCACGUUGUGUUAAAUCAUAUGCGCGACACUCAGAUAAAUGUAGUGUGUUUACACGAGAGAGUUUGGUCUGCGCUGCGGAGAACGCGUGUAUUAUAUUUUAUUUUAGCUGUUUAGAUGUUUGGUGUCUGGACAUCGACUGUGUUUAUUAUUAUGAAGCAAUUCUGCACCAAGGUUUGCCGUCAUGCUUUAACACAGUGAACGAAAGUAACAGGUUAUUAUGUGAUAGACAACUAGUCCAGUUCUCUUCAGUAGGCUACACAGCAGAGCUUCACCGAAAAUGACAACAAGUGGCCACGAUCAGACUGCUGCUCCUGUGCUCUCACUCUGUCUAAAAAGCCCCGCUGUGACAUAAAGCGGUUUUACAUUACAGACACUAAAUAUCUAUGCAGACACUUAAAUGAAGAAUUGUAAUACACUGAUUAUUUAUUCAGGGGUUUACCUUUAUUUCUGAAUAUGGAAAAAUUACAGAGGUCUGAAUUUUCGUGACCCAGUUGUUGCAGCCACAACACAGCCGAAGUGUAAUUUGGUUACAAAUUUAGCAUCGUGAAGCAUCCUGCUCGAUUUGUCCUUGGGAAGGAGUUUCUGUUAGAUUUGUUUCUUUCUGCAAACUCUCUAAAUCUGAUUCAGGCUCAAACUGCAAGGCAAUACCGAUGCAAUAGCCUACUAGAGGCAGUUUACAGAAAAAAUUGUGUUUGAUUAUCUGUACACGCAUUAGAAGCCGAAACCCGAUAUGGUAAUAGACAUUUCGAACGCUACAAGGAUUGACCAAUCACAAUCGUUUAGAAUCCCUGACCAAUCAGAGUAUACUUGGCGUUUGUGGGGGUGGGGCUUUGGAGAGACGCCCUGCAAUCAAGCGUUUUAGAGAGAGAUGUUGCAAAUAUCUAUAUUAUGAGAAAAAUACUGCGUUUUUUGAACUUUAAUUUAAACACCAGUAUUGUGGUAGAACACAACAAUAAAUAUAUAAACUUUUUUGUGGUCAUUUUAGUGGCUCUUUAAAUGCACCAGUUAAUUUGGAAGACGAUUUCAUCCCUUACUUAAAUCAUAGAGAUAUUUACAGAUUGAACGAACUCUUACUUGUGGAAUAAAAGAGAGAACACAUGUAUGUAGGCUGCUGUUACAGUGUGAUGUGAUGGAGUGUGCAUAUUCCAAAUGAGACGGAUGUAUCUGUUACCAGUACAAUAAACUACACCACCAUUACUGAAA